AUGGAGAAGGUUAGAAGAUCGGUCGUGCUUACCUUCGCCUCCCUGCCGAUCGCAGCCUCCUCUCCUGCCCGUUCGACCACCUCCGGCAGAGAAGAAAGGGAAGGAAGACGAAGUCAACCUCCCCUGCCCGAUCGACACGAGUGGUCCGCUUCUUUCCUCUGCCCUUAUCCUCGAUUUCCCUGUACGAUUGUCGUCUUCCCCGACGUCCUCCGCCUUCAGCAGUGA